AUGGCAAGAAAGCAGACUCACAACGUUGCCCAAGGGCAAGGCCGUGGCUCUUCCAAGAGCCACAACGUACACUUGGAAGUCAAGACAACAGGAAACAAAGUCAAAGUCAGAGUCAAGAAGAUCAGACCAUCAAGGUUGCGACGUGACACCAAAGGUAGGUACAUCAGGAACAAGAAGAAGAAGGUGUACAUUCAAUCGAGCAAGACAGACAGAGAACUAAUCAACAAAUUGCUUAGCCAACAGAGAGGUGUGGCCCAACCAAUAGCGACUCCAACAGAGAUAGCGUACAUCAGAUCAAUACAGGACAGCAACCUCAAGGAGGCACUACUCAAGAAUGCACAUGACUUGGAGAAGCAGACAAGAGAAAAGAUUGACAAGUUGUCACAGGCACAAGCCCAGCCUAUUCAGUUACCUCAACCAGUUCCUUUCAAUGUACAGGCACUACCUGCACCUAUCGAGGAGCAGGAACCAGAGCCUGUACAUGUACAUGGUAUACAAGAGAUGAAUGUAAGACUCAACGAGAACAACAACUUACUCAUAGACAACAAUAACAGGAUAACAAACUUGAAGGGCGCACUGGAUGACAGAUUCAAACAACUUAUGAACACAUACGAGCGAGAGAGUCAGUACAACAAUACAAAGUAUGACAACCAGAAGAGAGAGAUCUUGAUCAAGUUGAAUGACAGAAUGUUGGACAUUGAUAGGAAGCUGGCUGACCUCAAGGAUCAACGAGUUAUGCGUCACGGCGAUGAACAACAUAUUGACAAGCAGAUCGAACAACUUGAACAACAACAGGGCGAUGCAGAGAUACAGUACAUGACAGAUGUGAUGAGACUGGAUGAGCAGAUGGAAAUGGAUCGGAUGACACUUGAGGUGUUGAAGGAAGAAGAGAUGAAUAGACUUGGAACUGCUAGCAAGCUGAUUGACGCUAAGAUCGAGCGAGUACUGUCACCAAUGAAGGUGACAAGCUAUGAGUUUGGACAGAGUGAUACUAAUCAAUCACCAUUGGAGACAGCAAUAACAAAGAUACCCAACCAUACCACACGAGUAAAGGUAGAGAAGGAAGUUAAACAAUAUAUUGAUGGCAAGCAGACAGAGACAGAGUUGAACAAACAACUGAUCAAGGACAUGGAUGAACCAAUGUUUCAGAAACCUAUUGUUAUGAAGGAUAUUAUUGAAGAGGCCAAGGUUGAGAGAGAACAGAAGCAGGAUCAGAUGAUGAUGAGGAGGAGGAUUCAAGACUUUAGUGUAAUGAAGCUACCUGAUACAGUUACUGUCAGAGGUGAUAUAUUGAAGCACAUACUGUCAUACCAGCAGGGUAAGAUUACAUCCAAGGCGCUGGAGCGUGAGUUGAACAAGUCAAUGAAUACUGUUAAGGGCAAGAGGGACAAGAUUGAACUGUUGAUGGAGGAUUCGAGAGCAUUGAAUAAAGAGAUUAAAGGUAGCGGCAAUGUUGGAAAAGGACUUUACGAUCAUGAGAUUGACAAGAUGAUGGAGCCAUGGAAGGAGGAUGGAUAUGUUGGUACAGUUCCUGCUGAUCGUGUUGAUAAGUUGCCGAUCAAGGACAAGAUGAGCUUUAUAAUGAACUUGAACAAAUCCAAUCAACCUGGCAGCCAUUGGGUCGCUUGUAACAUUGAUGCUGAUUGUGACAAGAGCGUAGAGUACUACGAUUCGUUUGGUGAUGAUCCAAGUGAUGACUUUAUGAAGCGAGUCAAGGUGUUGAUUGAUCGCAUUGAUCCUGAUACAUAUUUGAAGAUGAAGAUCAACAAGAUAGUUGAUCAAGCUGCCAACAGUGAUACGUGUGGCUGGUUUUGUAUCAAAUACUUGAUCAAUAGAUUCAACAAUGUACCUUGGAAAGUUGCGAGUGGAUACAGUGAGCCCAAAAGUGUGCGCAAAGGAGAGAAGGAAGUGAGGAAACUAAAGGAGUUAGCAAUCAAGUACGGAUAUAUUUAA